CAGCGGCUGUCUCUUUCGAGCGCCCAUCGGCCAAAAUGGCGUCGGCCGUUGGCGCCGAGUCCGGCUUGUAGUUCCAUUGCCUUACUCCUCCGGUUGCAAAAUGUGAAAGGCGAAGGGGCUGGUAAAAGGGGGCUGUAGGCAAUGAGUCGGCGAAGGAAACAUGGGGACAGCCCUGGCCUGAAGAACACGCCGCGCAAAGCGGCGGCGGCUGAGGAAUGCAGCUCGAUGGUCGAGCCAGGGAAGAGGCGGCUGAGGUCGGCCCGCGGCUCGAGGCCCCGCAGGGCCGGAGAGACGUCUCCCCGGCCCGUGCCGCAACAAGAGCAGCCUCCAGCAGCCGCUUCGUGCAGUAAAAGUAACCCCGAGGAAAGAUAUGAAACACCAAAGAGAGUCCUGAAAAUGGAUAUAUUGUCAUCUGCCUUCAGUUCUCCUAAUGAUCCAGAUGGACAGAAUGAUAUCUUUUGGGAUCAGAAUUCUCCAAUGACAAAACAGUUAGGUAAAGGAAGAAAAAAACAGAUUUACACCACAGAUAGUGAUGAAAUCUCACAUAUUGUUAAUCGUAUUGCUCCUCAGGAUGAAAAACCAAUAACAAACUCCAUGCUAGGCAUGUGGAUUGGUGCAACUGCUAUUCCUUGUACUCCUAGUGUAGCAAAAGGAAAAUCAAGAGCAAAAAUCAGCUGCACAAAGUUAAAAACACAAAAUCGAGAGGAAGAACUUAUGAAAUUAGCUAAGCAAUUUGAUAAAAAUAUGGAAGAGCUAGAUGUGAUUCAAGAGCAAAACAAAAGAAAUCAUGAUUUUAUCCAGGCAAUUUCAGAAGCAGAGACUUUAAGCAAUUAUAAAGAUAAUAUACAGAUGCAGUUAUUACAUGAUACAGUUCCUGAAAUAGAUAAUUCUAUAAUAAAGAAGCCAAUGAAAGAAAAUACCAAAACACCUAUGGAAAAUGAUCAGAAUAACAGUCAGAAGCCAUUUGACCAAAAUGCUGAAGCAGCCUUUAAUGCCAUUUUUGAUGGCUCUACUCAGAAAUGUAGUGGACAGUUCAGCCAAGAUUUGUCAGAUGCUCUUUUGAACAUGAGUAAUACCACCUUGGGAAAGAAAAGCACUUUAAAAGAGGAGAAAAUCAUUACGAAUGAAAGUCUGUCAGAUAAAACUCCAGGAUCACUUUUUUGUCAAGUAGACACUCCUGGAAUCACAAAAUCAUGUGUGACUUCUUAUACUGAGAAGCAAGAAGCUUUCCAUAAACCCCUUGAUACAUUUACUACCAGUGAUUUUGAGGAUGAUUGGGAAAACUUACUAAGUAAUGAACCUUUUGUUAUGCAAAAUAUCAAAAUGUGUGAACUUUUCCCUGCUCCUAAAACAGCCCAGAUUGCUGAUCAAAAGGGAAUUUAUAAUUUUAACAAUAAAAAUGAUAAAAAUAAGUCAAGAAUGAAUACAAGUCUAGAUACCAGGUUAAAGGAUUCAAAAAUUUUACAGGAUCUCCUUUCAAAGACACAAAACAAGGAAUUAAUAGAUUUUGGAAAAUACGGGUCUUCAGUAAAUCCAAACGAUAAACCAAACAAAUUACCACCCACUGGAAAUAAAAUGAAAUUUGAGAAAUCUUUCAGUAAAACUGUUGUUCAAGACAAAAUUCAAGACUGUGCAGUUGCAUCUAACCUGACAAAAGAAGACAGGCACACUAAAUUUACUUCUAAUGUAAAUACUUCUGAAAAGUCAACUUUGAACACAGGACAUUGUAAUGAACAAAAAAAUAAGUCCACUUAUAAUCAGUCUUUUAAAGCACCUGCUAAUAUAGAUAAUUUUGGCUCUGCAACUUUGGGCAUUGAAACCAGUGUUUAUAAUCCGAAUCAGACUAAUGCAUCAGAGUUAGGUUCUUUCUUUGAUGACUGGAAUGAUCCAUCAUUUGCCAAUGAGAUUGUCAAAGCAUGUCAUCAGUUAGAGAAUACCUGGGAAGCAGAUGAUGUAGAUGAUGACUUAUUAUACCAAGCAUGUGAUGAUAUUGAAAGACUAACUCAGCAACAAGACAUUAGAAAGGACAGCAAGAUAUUAGAAAGUAAACUGGAGAUCAAUAAUAGUUCCAAACAUGGAGCCAAAAACAUGUUUACUACAUCUAAACAAGAAAGUCAAUCAGUGCAAUCAAAGCAUUUGAAUCUGAGCAGCAUUUCAGGCCAUGUAUCUUUCACAAACAGCUUACAAUUAAAUAAACCAGUGAAGAUGGAAAAAGAAAUUUGUGGAAAUUCUCCAAGCUUUUUAGGUGCUACGACUAAUUUAAAAAUAUACUCUAAGAACUCAGAUUGUCAGAUCAAUAGUCUACAUUAUUCCUGGAAUAACACUGAUUUUCCAGUACAAGUGAGUAGUACUGAAUCAGUUCAUAUGGGAAAUUCAAGUCUGAAUGUGAAUUCAGACCACUGGAGUACAGAAACUGCUACUUACAAGAAGAAAUUAAGUACUCAGCAUCUAUCCCAUAGGAGCACAACAGAUGGAGCUAAGAGUGACCUUAACAGAUCAGUUAGAUUUCCUAAGUAUACAUUUCCGAAGAUGAAAAAUUCUCAGGUUCUUUCCCAGUUUAAUCAAGAUUGUAUGCCAACCAAUAUUUCUCAUACCAAAAUUACACAGGGUUUAGAGAGAAAUAAAGCUGUCAGCCCAUUUUGUGGGAAGACUGUUCAACAGCAGUCUUUGGUGAAAUGUUCUGAAUCUUUGAAACAACCUUCAAAAGGCCUGUCACCGCAUCUGCCACUUAGAAGAUGUUUAAGGAAGAAGAGAAAAAUAAAAAGUAUUCUCCUGAAGAAAUUCAAAGAAAAAGACAAGAAGCACUGGUUCGAAGAAUGGCCAAAGCACAGGCCUCAUCUGUAAAGGCAGCUCCCACUUAACUUGAUUUCUUUUAUGAAAUAUUAGUUGGAAGACAAAGACAGUUAAUAGCUAUCUAUGAUAGGAAAUAUUUUUUCUUGAUUUCUCUGUGAGAAAUUUAAUGCUGACUUAUAAAGCAUGGACUUUUUUUUUUAAAUGGACUUCUGUUUUAUUUAAUAAAUCAAUGUUUGCAAUAGUCAAUGAAAUCUUUCCUUGGAGAGGUAUGUGGAAAUAAUUACAUAUAAGUUUUGAAAAUUCAGGAGAGUUAGCAAUUAUGUUAUAGAAUUAUACAGAGUAAAGUAGUAUAUUUUUAAAUAUUGUGGGUCAUCCAAAAAUAGGUAAUCUACUAAUUUUUUAUUGUAAUAACUCCCUAAUAUAAAGCUUCAACUCACUAAGUAAAUAAGUAUUUUUUUAUAGUUUUACUUUCAAUAACUUUUUAAGUUUUUUAUAUACUUCUGUAUCUUAAAAAUACUUUCAUAUUCUUAGGAACAUGGUUGGUGGGAAAUAAAGGACUUUAAUUUAUUUGUAAGGAAAUUAGUAUUUUCAGUUCCUAGUCUGAAAUAGAUCUUAAUUUUAGUUUUCUAAAACAUGUAUUUUGGAAACCUUCCACUAUUUUCAGGGAAAAUGCUGAUUUAAGAAGUUUGGGGG